CCGCCACGUCAUCACAAACGCGGAAGUAAACUGUAUUUAUAGUUCAGCAUGUCAAGCGCCGGAUACUCUGCAGUGAGCCAUGUCAUUUUCGAUAUGGAUGGACUAUUAUUAGACACUGAGCGCCUUUACACGGUGUCCUUCCAGGAAAUCUGUGACCGCUUUGACAAGCAGUACACAUGGGAUGUGAAGUCAUCAGUCAUGGGGAAAAAGGCUCUGGAAGCUGCUCAAAUUAUUAAAGACAGACUGGAGCUUCCCAUGACAGCAGAGGAACUUCUGGCAGAAAGUCGACAAAUACAAGAAAAGAUUUUUCCCUCUGCUAAACUUAUGCCAGGUGUUGAGAAACUCGUGAACCAUCUCCAAAAGCACGGCAUCCCAAUAGCAGUGGCAACCAGCUCAGCCGGUGUAACAUUUCAGUUGAAGACAAGCCGCCACAAAGAUUUUUUUGCUCUGUUCAACCACAUUGUUUUGGGCGAUGAUCCUGAGGUGAAAAAUGCGAAACCCCAACCUGACUCCUUCCUGGUCUGUGCAAGAAGAUUCAAUCCUGCAGCUUCUCCAGAGAAGUGUUUGGUGUUCGAAGACGCUCCCAAUGGAGUCAGGGCAGCACUGGCGGCCGGAAUGCAAGUGGUAAUGAUUCCUGACGACAACCUGGAUCGCAGCCUGACACAGGAAGCUACGCUGCUACUCAGGAGCAUGGAAGAGUUUUCACCACAGCUCUUUGGGCUGCCAGCGUACGACUGAGCCAAACAUGGGAAAUAAAGCAAAUCCUCUGUCAGUGCCUGAUGUUUUUCUUCUGUUGAUUCUCCAAGUCGCAGUUAUCUUUUGUUAUUGUGCAGACCUAUGGAUGUUUGAAUUUUAGCAUUUCUUCCUGCAUCUCUUUAUUCUGUUUAUUUAUUGGCAUAUCUCAAUAGGUUUAUUAAAGACAGGCUCCUGUUUGAUCGUCCUGGCUCAGUACAUUUUGCCUCUGGAUUAAUUAUAAUACCAUAAUAAUAAAACAUCAAUUAUUUCAUUGUAGAAGACAAUUGUGAAAGCAACCACAAGAGGAUAAAUAAAUCUUCUUCUUUUUAGGUCAAAAAAGCAGUCAACAGAGACUGCAGUGGACUGGAGCUGACCAAGGGGGACGCAGUUGCAACAAAAGUCUGCCAUAAUAUAACAAUAUAUUUUUAUAUCUGGUGCACAGCUGCAUUACCGCUGCCAUAUACUCAUACUACAACUUUACACAAGACAAGUUGAAUCAAGUUGUAAAACUUCAGGGAAGCAGAUACAACAAAGGAAAGGCUUGUGUUUUCAAUUUCCCUAAUCUCGUACAUUUCAAUCUAGGAAAAGUCAAUCUGACUGUUGACCUUCUUGCUAAUAUCCAUGCACAGUGCUACCCUCCACAGCCACUUUCGAAAACUCCAAACCUUCAAUCAAAAACAUAGCAGCGUAGAACAAUCGGAACAAUUGUUUAGUCCUGUACAACAAAUCCUCCCUGGCUGCUGAGGGAGAGGGACGAGUUUUCUUUACUCUUUCCUCCUCUUUAUAUCCCUCCAUUCAAGCUAAAACUGGACAAAGUGACCAAUUUUUCCAAACCAAACUGACUCAGACUAAAAUUUUGUCAUUCAUUAUUAUAGAUGUAAAUAAGUGCCUUCUACCCUGAAUCUUUCCUGUUUCCUGUUGGACACGUGCUGACCUACUUCAAGAUUAAGGUGUCCUGCUGUGAACGUUUUCUUUACUGUUGAUAAGCCACUACCUACGAAACCUUUAAGAGUGUCUCUGAGCAUUCAGAGCUCUAUAAAGCCAGAAGAGAGCUUCAGGCAUCGCCCCAUACAGUGUUUUCAACCAACAGAGGCAGAAUCUGACCUGUCUCUGUCAGUCACCCAUCUCCUAUUAUCCUUACCCCAAACCUUUUGAACUUGAAUCGUGCCCGUGAGUGAAGAGGGCAGCAGAGAUAGCUCCCUGACACGUUUCCCGGGCUCUGUCCUCGUCUGUGCUCGUGACUGAUAGGAAAGAGCGGCUGCGGGACACAUCCAUCUUCACUGUCAUUUUUUUUUUUUAACAGCAUCCAGACAAGCAGCACUUCUACAGACGUGCU